AUGAAGGUCGAAGACGGACAUGAGGACGCAAGCGCGAUGGUCUCGACGUCCGCGGGCGAGACAGCGCUGUCGGAGAUGAAUGCAGCGUUUGCCAGCUGCCUGUCGCUGGUAUGUCCGCCCGUUCAGUAUCCUCCGCAUUGCCGGUUUAAUCCGGUGCGCGACGCGGCCGACACUGCGGAGAUCGAAGCGCGUCUGGAAGAGUUUUUCCUGCACGCUAAGCAGCUUGAGCAGCUGUUCUUGAACGAUAUGGCAGACACUUUGUCCUCCAUGCGUCUCGAAUCGGGAGCAGACGCAGAAAUUAUGGGCGGGACCCAACAACAGAGCGAGCUGGAGCUGGAAAUUCUCAACCUGGAGGCGGAGCUGGCGGAGAAGAAUGACCUGAUCGAGAAAUACACGGACGUUGUGCGCGGUUGGGAGGGAAAAUUCAAGAGAUUGGACCAUCGGAUGUCGCCAGACAGGGAGUGA